AUGAGGCUUCUCAAUUUUUCCCCGCUCCUUCUCCUGAUAAAUGCGGCUCAAUCGUUUGAUUCGCAGAUUCCAAUUAUCGAUGAAUCGUCCUCGGACUCAUUGAGCCUCCUCGAACUCCACAAAUCCCUUGUCGAGAUUGGAUCCAUUACAGGAAAUGAACAUGAUGUUGGCGCAUUGCUAAUUUCUUAUCUGAAGGAACAAAAUCUUACGGUGGAGAUACAAGAAGUUGAACUGGUCGAAUCGUCAUCGUCGUCGGGGAAGAAGCGUCAGAAUGUGCUAGCAUAUAUUGGAAAUAAAAGACAAACAAGAACAUUGGUAACUUCGCAUAUCGAUACCGUGCCACCUUUCUGGCCUUACGAAAGAAGAGGUGACGAAAUAUGGGGCAGAGGAAGUGUGGAUGCGAAGGCGAGUGUUGCGGCGCAAAUUACUGCGUACCAAGACCUUAUUGCGGCCGGCAAGAUUCACGAAGGUGAUGUUGCGCUUUUGUAUGUGGUGGGCGAGGAAACAUUGGGGGCUGGUAUGAAGAAGGCUAACAAUCUGGGACUUUCUUGGGAAACUGUUAUUUUUGGCGAACCUACGGAACUGAAAUUGGCGGCUGGACACAAGGGGAUAAUGAGCCUACGUAUUACUGCGAAGGGAAAGGCUGGACAUUCGGGAUACCCUUCGUUGGGAAGAAAUGCCAAUGCGAUGUUGAUUCCUGCCCUGUAUGAGUUAGGAAGAAUGGAUUUACCGUGGAGCGAGAAGUAUGGAAAUACCACGCUCAAUAUCGGAAGAGUUGAUGGAGGUGUCGCCGCAAAUGUUAUUGCGGAAGACGCGAUGGCCAAAAUCGCUAUUAGAAUUGCUGCUGGUACGCCAGAGGAAUUAAGAAAAUCGGUUCUAGAUGUGAUAGAAAAGACAGGGCAAGAUUUGGAUGUUGAAUUCACUCAGGGCUAUGGACCAGUCCAUUGCGAUAGUGAUGUGGAAGGAUUUGAAACCAUCACAGUCAACUACGGUACGGAUGUGCCAAAUUUGGAAGGAGAUCAUAAGAGGUAUUUGUAUGGGCCGGGAGAUAUCUUGGUCGCUCAUUCUGAUCACGAGCAUCUGAAGAUCUCCGAUCUCGAAGAGGCUGUGAGCGGUUAUAAGAAGCUCAUCGAACAUUCGCUGGCUUGA